AUGGAAAUGCAGAUACCUAUUCAAGAUCCUGAUUCUACUCCUGUGGAUAAACAUCCAGAAGAGGAAAUGCUGUACUAUAUGGCCAGGGACCAAACACUGUCUACAACAGGCAAAGAGUCUCCACAAACAACUGGUCUAAAGGAUAAAGUGGCCAGGACAAAAGAGCAGAAUGCUCUGGUUUCUGAGUUUGUGUUGCUGGGACUUUCUACAUCUUGGGAGACUAAAGUUUUUCUCAUGUUGACAUUCUCCUUGAUCUAUUUAGGGAUCGUCCCAGGAAAUUUCUUCAUUUUCUUUCUGGUAUUUUUUUAUUCCCACUUACAUUUUCCUGUGUACUUCCUUCUGGCCAACCAGUCCCUCAUUGAUGUGGACUUUUUUACCACAGUUCCCAAGACGAUUAUAGACUUUUUUAAUGAAUGCAAGAUUUCUUUGCAAAGUUUCAGGGCACAGACAUGCUUCAUCCACAUAAUGGGCAAAGUGGAGAUGGUGUUAGUUAUAGCCAUAGCGUCUGACAGGUACAUGGCAAUCUGUAAACCUCUUCAGUACCUGGACAUCAUGAACCCUAAAAUACAUGUUUCAUUUGUAACUACUUGCUGGGUAACUGUGGUGAACUACUUAUGUCUCCAUUUGUUUUCGUUACAAACGUGUGCUUUUGUGGUUAUAUUAGAAGUAAAAACCUUCUAUUAUAACUUUUCCAGAAUCAUCAAACUUGCAUGCAGAGAUGGAGCCAAGUUUGAAUUUAUUAUUGCUGCCAAUAAUAACAUCAUGAGCAUGGGCACCUUCUUUUUACUAAUCCUUUCCUAUAUCCUUAUUUUGGUCACUGUCUGGAAAUGUUCCCAGAAAGACUUACCCAAGGCAUUUGUCACUCUGUCAGCUCACAUCACUGUGUUGACUCAGUUUUUUACCUUAUUCAUGUUUCUUUUUCUGUGGCCUUUCCCCACUUCUUCAAGUGAUAAAUACCUGUUCAUUGUAUUGACUCACUAUAGUAUUGACUUUGCUAUCACCUCUGUCUUUAAUCCUUCCAUCUAUCUAUACAUAAUAGAACAAAGACAUAAAAGUAGCAAUAAAAAUAUUGAAUGA